AUGGAGGAAGAGCUCAAAUGCACAAUAUGUGCGCGUUUCUUCGACGACCCUAUCAUCCUCACCUGCGGACACAGUUUGUGCAGAAUGUGCGCGCUAAAGGCGCACCAGCCAUCCACGUCAUCCGGAAUAUCAUCACCGAGACCAUCGACACCUGGUAUACUGUCACAGGUUUUUAGCUCGGCAACGAGCUCACCGAUCUCACCGCAAAGUGCUGGUAGUAGUAGUGGAGCAUCUGACACGAUGUCCCUAUGUGUUUCGGACGGUGGUGAUCAUGAGAGUGACAAGUUGUCGGUCGUAUCGGAGACCGAUUCGGGAGUCGUCGGGUGUGGAAGGACCAGCCGCCCAUCAAGCAUCAUCGGUCCCCCUCUCUCCCGCCUUCACAGUAUCCUUACCCCCUCUACAAGCGGUGUCCAACUUAUCUGCAAUUCCUGUCAAAAACCUUCCUACUACUGUGAUGAAAACUCGAUCGUUAGUGCGCCCACCAACCUGGCCAUGCAAAAUGUGAUCCGGAGGUACCUGGCAUCUCACCCAAAUAUCAAAGCGGGAACAUCAGCACCGCCUGUUGAGGAGACCCCCUCCUCGAGUACUUCACCACAAUGCCAACUUUGCGAGGGUACCGGGAAAGGAGCGGCGAAUGUGUUUUGUGAGCAAUGUGAUAUCUAUUACUGUACUCCGUGCCAGGUGGCAUUGCACCCAGCGAGGGGACCGUUGGCGAAGCAUACGUUGAUACCGGCUAGUGAUCCGGGCAGGAAAAAAUCCAGCACCCUCACCACGAACAACGCCUCCGCCACCGCCCGUGAUUUGUUACGUUGCGUCACCCACCCUGGGGAGGGAUUAACAAUGUAUUGUCUUCCGUGCAAGGUGCCUGUAUGCUCCAGAUGUCUUCAAGACCUUCGACACGCCAAUCACGAUGUGCAGAGUCUGCCGAUCGCUUGCAAAGGACACAAGACGGAACUAUCCACCACCCUACAACAACUAUCCGAAAAAGCCAAGACUGCAACAGAAGAAAUCGGGCGGCUCAAAGGACUUCAUGACGUCAUCAAGAAUAACUGCAAUGAUUUCAAGUCAUCUGUAUGUAUACAAAUCGACCAGCUCAUUGAGCAACUUCAAAUGAGAAAAGAAAAGCUGAUGCAGCAUGUCGAGGAGCAGGCGGAUAAUAAGCGGCGGAUUUUGAAGUCACAGAUUGUGAGGUGCACUGGAAAGUUGACGAAGACGUCGGCGUUGAUUCAGUUUUGUAUUGAGGCGUUAAAGGAGCCAGAUCCGACGGUUUAUAUGCAGAUCUCCAACGCUCUUCUCCACCGCUCGACUUCUCUCGAAUUUCUGUGGCACAAAGAGAUGCGAACGAAACCUGAAAUCGACUCGGAUUUCGUGCUCAACCUCGACACCAAACAUCUACAGUACACCAUUCAGACACUUGACUUUGCACAGUUGAAAGCUGGCCGUAGAGGCACUGGAUUCAAAGGCGAUCCGUCGAGAGUUCCUUCGGCUCCAAUGUUUGAGACCUCUGAGUGCUCUGCUGAAAAUAAUUCGGUUACUGUAGUCUGGCGACCGCGGAAUGAUGGAAGUGCUGUGGAUGGAUUUGCGCUGGAAAUCGAUACGGGAAGGGAUGACGGGAAUUUUAAGGAAGUCUACUCGGGCCCUGACACCAUCUGCACCAUCGACGGUCUCCACUUCAACACUGUCUACGCCGCCCGUGUGAAGUCCUACAACUCUGCCGGGGAAAGUGAAUACAGUGAAUCGAUUUGCCUCCAGACCGCCCAAGUCGCCUGGUUCCAACUGACCAAGUCGCCAUCCCAACGGGACAUGAUACUAUCCAAUGAGUGUGCCACGUUGAAUGGAAGCACUUUGGAGUAUCGGACGAUACUUGGGUCUAUCGGGUUCUCGAAAGGAGUCCACUACUGGGAGGUCACGGUAGAUCGUCACGAUGGUAACGCGGAUAUUGUAGUAGGCGUGGCUCAGCCAGCAAUAAAUCGGAAUGCAAUGCUCGGGAAGGAUCUCCACGGAUGGUCGAUGUAUGUAGAUCACGAGAGAUCUUGGUACCUUCACAAUGAAACACAUCACAAUAGGAUAGCUGGCGGGAUCACGAGAGGAUCGGUGAUCGGUGUGAAGCUGGACUGUAAUCGAGGCGUCAUGGAGUUUACGAUAAACGAUAGGAAGCGGGUGUAUCAAGGGGAUACGGUGGCUUUUACAAACAUGCCCCGCGGUCUCUAUUACCCGGCCUUCUCCGUCAACGCCAAUGCAUCCAUCACUGUCCAUACGGGUCUCUCGUGUCCACCGUCACCAAAUGACUAA